GUCGUCGCGUACGUGGCUGGAAAUGCUCUUACCCUUUUGCACGUGCCUUCGAUGAAAAGGCAGUACGUCUUCGGGCUGGCUAAGAGCGGCAUUGGUUCUUUUGUCGUACAUCCUUCACGAGAGACUUUUGCUGUUGGGGAGAAGGGCAAACUUCCAAAUGUGUACAUAUACGAAUACCCAACACUCAACAUCGUGAAAGUUUUGCGCAACGGCGCGACCCGAGGCUAUGCUUGCAUGUGCUAUUCUGAUAACGGCCAGAAACUUGCUACCGUGUCGAGCACUCCUGAUUUCAUGCUCAGUAUUUGGGAUUGGAAUAACGAGCAAAUGCUCCUGCAGAGUAAGGCCUUCGGCCAGGAGGUGUACAGCGUUCGUUUCUCUCCAGGGGAUGAUGGUCGUCUAACGACAUCGGGCACUGGUCACAUUCGCUUUUGGAAAAUGGCGUCAACGUUUACUGGACUAAAGUUGCAAGGUGACAUAGGAAAAUUCGGAAAGGUCGAGCUAACUGAUAUUUGUUCCUUUGUUGAGCUGCCCAACAAUCAAGUCCUAUCCUCAACUGAAUCUGGUGCGCUCCUUCUGUGGGAGGGUAAUUUUAUCAAGUUGCGAAUUAUGCGUGGGGAAUCCAGAUAUUGCCAUGACGGCGAAGUAAUUAUUGAGAUU